AUGGCGGAGGAACUGCGGCGGCUUCAGGAGAGGGUCCGUGAGUUGGAGGCGGAACAAGCCCAGCUGCACCAGGAGCGGGAGGCCGGUCCUAGUCUGAGAGGACAAGUGGACAACCCAGGGACUACAGAGACUGUCAUCUACCUUCCUCGUGAACGAAAGUGCCCCAUGUUUCGAGGAACUCACGGGAUUGGGAUUGAUGACUGGGUGGAGGAGGUACGUGCAAUAUCCGCUGUUGAGGUAGUCAGCUUGCCAUCGGGUGUGCACGAAGUCCGUGACGAGCGUGAUGCAGUUAUAGCUACCGUCCGGUCUCACACUGCCAAGAGGGGUUCGGUGCGAGAGAACAUACUAGAGACCAGUUCGAACGUCUGGCCACAGGUGGCGUUCGUAGAGGACGAGGCCAGGGGAGAUGAGUUGGAGUUGGGGGCUUGGCUGGUGGUCAGGGAGUCGGUCAGUGCCCCUUCUACGCCGGUCGAGCCACUCGCCCGGGAGUUGCCUGUCGCCAGUCCAUCUCCAGUGGUGCCUUCUCGCGCCGGGUCUGCACUGCGUGGUGUUAACCGGUGGGACACCGAUUCAGUUGGGGGGGGGGGUAGAUGUAACCAGGCGGGUUACUUAUGGGUUUUAUUCCGGCGGUCAGUGAACGCACUCGCUCCCUUGCUGUCUACCUACCAGCUGCUGCAGCUAAUUAGCAGUAAUGUAAAGCCGGUGCGCAAACCAGAGCAGCACACCUCUGGAGCUUCGGGUGGUGGUCUGCUGGUGUCCGCUUCAUGCCUGAGCUUCAUAUUGCGCCGGGUUGAUGUUCAUGCGAGUGGUGGGAUGGCAAGCCGGAAGAAAAGUGUUCGUCUACCCAAGCGCACAGGUUUGCGGUCUCAGAGCCAUGUGCAACAGCCAGGGGGCGCUGGAGCAGCAUGGGAAACGGACGAAGAGGAAGAGAAACUGGAAGUCAAACCCGGGCCAUUCUCGGAGCCUGGACAGGAUAUGGUGAUGUUAAUGAGGGAGUUUCUGGCUGGACAGCAACGCCGGGAAGAAGGGUUGCUGGUAGAACUCCGGAGGCUGGGGAAUGCUCAGUCUAACCCUCCGUCUUCUCCACCGCCUUUGUCCAGAGAUCGGCCGGUUCCACACUUUCCCAUUUCACGUGCCCAGUCUCAGGCAUCAUUGUCACUGUCCGACAGGAGCCCAAUGAUUGGAUUACCGACCCCUGCUGGCCAGCGAAUGCAGUACGCAGGGAUUCAUCAGGGAGGUGAUGAGAGUGAUGAGGAAGGUCGGUGGGUGAUGGCCAUGAGGAAGGUGGAGGUGAUCUGCCUCGGCCUUCAGUUGGCAAAAAGCCUGAGGCUACGGCUAAAGCUAAGUCUAAGCAUCUGGCCGUUGGCGGGAGUCCUUGCCGCGCACGUCGCUCCAGAGCCGCCGCACGCAGUUCCAGUGGUCCACGUCGGUCCAGAGAAAGUUCCUCGUCGGAUACAGGCUCUUCAGAGCUAUGGGAACCUGAAGCUGACCCAAACAGCAGUGACUCAUCCCCCGAUUCCCCCAGAGCAACCGGCAGAGCAGGUCCAGGAUGAGGACGAGGAGGACAUUGAGGACGAGGAGGACGAGGAGGACGAGGAGGACGAGGAGGACAUCGAGGACAUCGAGGACAUCGAGGACAUUGAGGACAUUGAGGACGAGGAGGACCACAACGAGGAGAACGAGUGCGACCUGGUGAAGGAGCGCGAGCCCGGCGAUGGACGCACCGCUGCAAAGUAUGAGCCGUGCAGUACCUCAACGCGCGCAAAGGAGGACCUGCCCGGACCGGCACUACAGCUCAGCGUGGGCCAGCUCAGACCGCUUCUCCCCAGACCACCCCGACAGGACAGCUAA